AUGAAGUCGGCCCACAAUGCAAAACAAAUAGUUUAUGUAUUAGCCAGUAGGGCCUACUCCAGGAAAUCUCGACGCGAUAGAGAAAUUAGAGGAGAAGAAUUAUUAGAACAGGAAGAUGAGCUCGUUAUGAAAAUCGAAGAUUCUGAAUUCCGAACAAAUCCUAAUUGGCAGCUGCUACCAAGACAUAAAGAUAGCCAGUUCAAAUUACCCAACAAUGUGGGUAUUGCGCCUGAGGACUGCAUCAUAACCACUAGACUAAAUUAUUAUACUCAAGACUGCCCAAUUCUCUUAAAAUCUGAAAUCACAGAGCGAUUCAAUGUUCCUCAUUUGAAAAAUUUCAGCCUGUGUAUGAUUACUAUUAAUUUAAAGCAAACCUCUAAUACAAAUAUGUCAAAUUUAACAAAACAGUAUCUACAUGCUGCUUUUGGUAUAAGUGAUCGUCUACAAAAUGCUGGCUAUUGGGCUGAUUUCAUACAUCCUUAUACUGGACUUCCAGCCAUUAAUCCAGGACUCAAUAUUGAUUUUUCUACUUUAGAACUACCAUACAAACAUACUGUUUAUCAAGUCAAUACACGUAGAAAGUGCAAAGUGAUUUUAGAAAAAAUAUCUCCUAAUACUAUUGGUAACUUAUUUACAAAUGCUUUACCUUCAAAAACUGAUGUUGUCGAGGAUAUUUUGGACGAAGUUAGUGAUUUACAUCAAAAUAGCUAUGAUUGA